AUGGAUAAGAUGCCCAUAGAAACUGUUUCCGAAAUCAUUCUGCAUGUUCCCGAAGCAGAUUUGAAAAACAUUUCUAAGCAAUUGCCCAAAAAUGACCCAUUACGUCACCUCAUAGACUCAGAUAUCUAUGCAAAAGUGUAUGUUGGACCUUAUGAUUAUUCUAUUCUUGGAUUCCAUAAACUUUCUAUUGAGGAAUUUCAGGAACUCUCACUAUCAGGCAACACAGAUGUGAUUCGUUCGUUAAAAUAUGAUGCUGUUUUUUCAGAAGUUGACGACGAUCCGUUUCUCUUUUACUGUAAACAGAAUCCGAGAUCUCUCAAAGAUGUGAAAGAGAUCGAAUUCAAUGGCUCCGUAGAGCAAUUCCGGAAGUUUGCUGCCAACUUCUCAACGGAUAAUGUCAAGGUUUUGAUCUUGAGUGAGGGCCAGCAGUUCGUCAUGGACCUUGCACCUCCUUACUUGAGGAAGAUUCAUCUCUACUUCUAUGAGUCUCAGGUUGCGCCCCUUCGUGGCUGGCCACAAUCUUUAAAGACAUUAAUUAUAGAGAGAUGUAACAGUCCGCUGCUUGUAGAGCUCCCUGCUGGUCUCGAAGAGCUUCUUGUCUGGGCAUGUGGUUCUGAAGAGCCUUGGAACCAAUAUCCACCCAACCUUCGCAUAUUGGAAUACCAAGGUGAAGCAAUAACAUUUAAUUCUAGUCGUUUCCCUGAUCUGUUGUGUGAAUUGGCUCUAUUUGACUGCAGUAUUGAGAACCUUGAUGUUCUACAAGCAAAGUGGCCCAUGGGUUUGAAAAAAUUGGAUUUGGCAAGAAAUCCAAUCAAGUCUAUAGCAGGUGUUAAAUUCCCUGACUCUCUUGACUUUCUCAAUCUCAGGUCGUGUUCAAUCACGUCUCUUGAUGGUGUGGCUUUCCCUCGUAUGCUUACAGAGCUCCAUUUGACAUACAAUGAAAUUGCGUCAUUGGACCAUGUCAAGUUUCCAGCUUUAAAAAUUCUCGACAUCACGGGAGAUUCGGGCAAAAAGACAAUUAAUUCAUUGGCAAGUGUCCAAUUUCCAUCCACACUCGAGACCUUGCAAGCCAAGGGACAUCCUAUUACGGACUGGGCGGAAACUUCUGUUCCUGAAAACUUGAGAACUUGGGAGUUGGACACCUCUGAGGACGCUAAGGCGUUGAAAUUCCCUCCCGGGUUGGAAGUCCUCACCUUGAAAUUUAAGAAUGCUGGCAAUGGAAACUUCUGUGAUCUUAAACUCCCACCUAGUUUGGUUGAUCUUCAUUUGGAGAACGGUAUUUCGACAGAAUUUGAAUGGAAUCUUCCUGUUCUUCGUAAUAUGUUUGUUGAUAACUUUACUGGGCCCAUUGUUGUUCCCAGUUGUGUUCAAAAGCUCACUCUCAGGUCGCAAGAUCGAAAAUCCUUUGAAAGUUUGAAGAUUCCUCCAAUGGUCGAUGUUUUACAGGUGACUUAUCCACCAAAAGUGUAUCCAGACAGCGUUACAGAAUUGCUUAUUUGGAGGUUUGAACCUACCGGUGAUUUGAUACUCCCAAAGUUUUUGAAGAAACUCCGUAUCGCGAGCAGAGGGAGCAUCCCUUCUGAUGUUAUCCUUCCGUCCACUCUUCGAUAUAUUUCGGGACCAUUUGACCAGGAAAUUAUGGAAGAAAUCAACUCCAGAAAAGAGUAA